AUGCCCCCCACGCGUGUCGCGCAGGUGGGCACGGCGUGCCGGGUGGCACAGAGCCUGACGCAGUACUGCGUGGGCGCUAAUUACGCGUGGGCCAUGGCCGAGGGAUUGUUCCUGCUGCGGCUCUUGGUCGCCACCUCCAGGCGCCGCUGCCUCCCCGCGUUCCUCCUGCUCGGAUGGGGUGUCCCCGUUCUCUUCGUUGCUCCAUGGGUUCUCCUGCGCUAUCUCUACGAGAACGAGGGGUGUUGGGAGCGGAACGAGAAGCUGGAGGUGUGGUGGGUCAUUCGCUGUCCCAUCCUGGUGGCUGUGGGGGUGAAUUUCGUGGUGUUCGUUCGAAUCGUUAGGAUCCUCGUGGAAAAGCUCAGGGCACAUCAGGUGUCCCGCGGGGACUCCAGGCUCAG